AGUUUCUAGAAGCUCAUUGCGGUGGCGUUGGUGCUGGCUGCGGUUCUUGACGCAGGACCAAAAAGUGGAUCCUUGAAACACUUGGUAUUUUGCUGGAGAGUACCUGUUGGUGGACUGUGCUGACACUCAGAGUCUAAAGGAGACUGGAUUUCUGUUGGUGAUACACAUUGCAAGCAGGUGUAGCCUAAACGAGAUGACAGCUGUCUCCCCAGAUCCUCACACUCUGGUCUCAAGUGAACAGAACAAAGUCUUUAGGAUGGAGACUCCCGGGAAUCCAGAAGCUCUCAUGAAAGGAGACACUGCUGACCCAGAGUCUUUCAGACAGAGGUUCAGGUGGUUUUGUUACUCUGAAGAGGCUGGACCCAGAAAAACCCUGAAUCAGCUAUGGGAGCUCUGUGUUCAGUGGCUGAGACCAGACAUCCACACGAAAGAACAGAUUCUAGAGCUUUUGGUGUUUGAGCAGUUCCUGACCAUCUUGCCUGGGGAGAUCAGGAUUUGGGUCAAAUCGCAACAUCCUAAGAGUAGUGAGGAAGUGGUGACCCUAGUAGAGGAUUUGACCCAAGUGCUUGAAGAAAAGAAAGAACCAAUCUCUCAAGAUUCUGUUGUUUCCCAAGAGGAGAACCCUGAAGAAGAUAAAACAGUUUCUGUUCUUCCAAAUACUGAGGCCCAGGAAUCCAUGACACUUAAAGACGUGGCUGUCACCUUUUCCAGAGGAGAGUGGAGGAAACUGGAGCCUUCUCAGAAGGAGAUAUAUAAGGAAGUGCUGCUGGAGAACUAUAGGAACCUAGAAUUUCUGGGCUUUCCAGUUUCCAAGUUAGAUUUGGUUUCCCAGCUGAAGUGGGCUGGACUACCACGGCUGCUGCAAAAAGAAGUCUCCAAAGGCUGUAGACCAGAGUGUGAACUUGGUGGUGGAUUGAAGGAAUCUGGCGGAAGUCAAGAUGUUCUUAUGGAAGAAUCGACUUUAGACAAAAUAAUAGAAAGGUAUCUAAUGAGUGGCGAUUGUGACUCAGUGGGAGAAUCCUGGAAACGUUAUGGCAGAUUCGAGGAUGGUUGUAGCAAUAGGGAACAUUCACAAGGACAAACCACACAGAAGAAAACUCAUGGGAGAGGCAGUAAGGGUGAGGAAUUUGAUCCAGAAAUGAGUCCCUUUGGAAGUAGCUUCAAACCACCUUCGGAUCUAAUUAAACAUCUGAGAGUCUACUUAAGGAAGAAAUCUCGGAGGUACAAUGAAGGCAAGAAACCCUUUAGUUUUCAUUCAGACCUUGUUCAGAACCGCAAAGAACACAGUGGUGAAAAGCCAAGGAAAUGUAACGAAGGCAGGAAAGCCUUAAGUCACUCUUCUUCUCGGACUGAACAUCAGAAACAUCAGAAAAGCUGUGCAGGGGAGAAGUUUCAGAAGUGUAGUAACUGCGGAGUAGCCUUUACUCAAAGCUCAUCCCUCAGUAAGAAAAACUCCUCUACGUGUGAAAAAUGUUGGAAAGGUUUAGGUCAAGAUGCAGCCGUAGAUAAAGACGAGGGAACUGAGACUAGAGAAGGAACCCAUAAAUGCAGCAAAUGUGGAAAAGCCUUUGGCUAUAACACCUCACCGACCAAGCAUAGGAGAGUUCACCCUGGGGAGAAACCCUACUUGUGCAAUGAGUGUGGAAAAGCCUUCAGUGACAGCUCAUCUCUCACGCCACACCACCGAACUCACAGUGGAGAGAAGCCCUUCAAGUGUGAUGACUGUGGGAAAUCUUUCACCCUAAGCGCCCACCUCAUUAAACAUCAGAGAGUUCACACAGGUGAGAAACCCUAUAAAUGUAAAGACUGUGGGAGGCCCUUCAGUGACAGUUCAUCUCUUAUUCAGCAUCAGCGAAUUCACACAGGAGAAAAGCCCUACACAUGUAACAACUGUGGAAAAUCCUUCAGUCACAGCUCAUCCCUUUCUAAACAUCAGAGAAUUCAUACCGGAGAGAAACCCUAUAAAUGUGGUGAGUGUGGGAAAGCCUUCAGACAGAAUUCUUGCCUUACCCGACAUCAGAGGAUUCACACUGGAGAAAAACCAUAUUUGUGUAAUGAUUGUGGGAUGACUUUUAGCCAUUUUACAUCUGUAAUUUAUCAUCAAAGACUUCAUUCAGGAGAAAAACCCUACAAGUGUACCCAGUGUGAGAAAGCCUUCCCUACCCAUUCACUCCUCAGCCGUCAUCAGAGAAUACACACGGGUGUCAAGCCUUAUAAAUGUAAGGACUGUGGAAAAUCCUUCAGUCAGAGUUCGUCUCUCAAUGAACAUCAUCGGAUUCAUACUGGAGAGAAGCCCUAUGAAUGUAACUACUGCGGGGCAACGUUUAGCCGGAGCUCCAUCCUUGUAGAACACCUGAAAAUUCAUACUGGAAGGAGGGAGUAUGAAUGCAAUGAGUGUGAGAAGACAUUCAAAAGUAAUUCUGGCCUCAUCAGGCAUCGAGGAUUUCACUCUGCAGAAUAAUUCUUGGAAAUAUAGUAAGGUGCGGGGUGUGGGUUUGCACAGUUCUCCCUCAUUAAGAACCUAGGGUAUAAAGGACCACAGCAUUGAUUAGUAGGAAAUUUAGUCACAGUGGUCCCUUAUUAAAAACCGGGGGUGUAUACUGCCACAGCACUGAUUAGUAGCUGCAGCUUUGGUGGGUUGGCAGCUAGGAAAAGUAUCUUUUUGUCAUUUACCCUUCUUCUUUGCAAGGAUGUCAACGUUUGGUAGAGAGUGAGGAAGGGUUGGUAAAGUCUGUGGAAAGAGAAGAAAGUAGCAUGUGAACUAAUCCUAAAAGGCAAAAUUGUGAAUAUAAAAAUCGGGGAGGGGGGUGCAUGGGACCCACCUUACUAACCUGUUUUCUUCAGACUUCUUUCUCUCCUAGCUUCCCCUUCUACUGCCAUGUUGUGUUACAGAAAGAGGACCUGACUGCAGUCAGGUAACUUGAGUUCUGUCCCAUUUUGCCAACUAACUCACUGUGUUUAUAACCUUGGACAAAUCAUUUGACCUUUCUGAAUUUUCGUUUCUUUGCUGGUAAAAUGAAGGAGUGGGACUAAUGAUUUCUGAGGUUUCUUUCCCUCUCUCCCUCCCUCUCUUCCUUCUUUUUCUACCUCUGAUAACCUCUGAAGCGAAAACAUUUUUGAUUCAUUGGCAUUUCAAGUUUCUCCAGUGUGAUAGAACAUAGCUCAUCUAAACUACUGAACUUCUGGCAUGGUGAGAAUGCAGUAUGCUUUUUAAAUAUUCAAUGCUGGAGCUGCUCAAAAGCUAUGCACAGGAUCAAGUGAGUAGAGGUCAAACAAGUUUGCCAUCAGGGAAUGUUUUGAUUGGACAAAGCACUCCAACCCCUGUGUUUGCUCUGGAUGUUGGCUGUGGGGACUGGGAAUCUCAGUGGCAUAUUCCAGGCUGUCUGAGCCAUGAGUGUGUAACUGUCCUAGGAAAACAGACGAGGGACUGGGAGGGGUGGGCACUGGGAAACGGGUACUGAAUACAGCUAUUUUGGAUGGAUUGUCUUUUGCAAGAUAGAGUUCUAUUUUUUAAAUGUUUGUCUAUAGUAAGGACAGUUUCCUGUAAUCAGAGUGUAAACAUUCUGUGUGGCAAAGGUCACAAGCUAAGAUUGGGCCCUUUGAUGUGUCUUAGUUGUGUGUGUGUGUGUGUGUGUGUGUGUGUGUGUGUGUGAGUGUGCGUGUUUGUGCGUGCAUGCGUGCGUGCAUGUGUGUAAGUAGUUGUCACCAUUUAAAAAUUAAGAAAUUUCAUACCAAAAAGAAAUUUGUCUUGAAAAGUUACUGGGCUGACAACAAGAACAAAUAUGACUGCCCUUAUUUCUGUGGGGCAGUCAACUGGUUUUGGGUAUCAGCUGCCACCUUUAGAGGGGGAAUCUGUUCUUGCAAAGUUCUGUCAUUCAUGUAACCUGACUUGCCCACUGUAAGAAGCUGAUAUUGUGAUCCCCUACCACCUGGAGAGUACCUAUGCUAAAAUCUAAAGAGAUUUUGUAGUAAAAUUUAGGAAUAGAAUGUAGAAAUGAUACAGAAUAAGUUUUCAAUUAAGUUUUCCAUUAUGAAAAUAGACAUCAAAGGAAUAGAUGUUAGUGGGUUAUUCCUUACAAAUGUCAGUGUGGAAUCUGAAUAAUAAUCUUUAACUGUGAAAAAGGAACUGAAAACCCUGGGUCAGUUAGAUUUGGGUCUCAAGUUGUAGGAUUCUGAAGGAGCCCCAAUGACUCCAUGUGGUGCAGAGUUCCUAAAGUUGAAAUUUGAGGCAGCUCUUGAGAACGAAACGGGUAAACUUUCAGCUUUGAAAGUGAAGACAUGCUUAAUGGUCAUCUGAGAUUCAGCAAUAUUUGCUGGGAUUUAAUGGGUUUAAUUUGCAGUGCUACCUCUGGAUAAUGGUUUUGGUUUCUUCCUUGUCUCCUUCCCCAAGGUAGCCCCGAGUGAUAAAUUGGUCUAUAUAGUUACUUCUAAAUGGACCAGCCAGAGACAUUCUAGACAUGGAAGAAUUAUAGCUAACCAGAAUUAUUCAUCCCAGUUGAAAUUUUUUUGUGAAAAGAUGGAAACCCUGAUUUGUUUUCUGGAAAGAUGCAAUUUAUAGAGAGAAUUAAAUAUGUAAAAAUCUUGAGAAGAGGCUUGUUCCAGGAUGUUAACUUGUUACAUUCCCCAACAUCCAUAUGAGGAUGCUUUAUAUCUGUACCAGUUGGGAGUCUGGAACAUAAACCUGUUUUUUGGGUUUUAUUACAGUUUUAUUGAGGUGUAAAUUGUGUAUUGUGGAAGUUAUUCAAGUGUAUAAUUCAGUGAGUUUUAACAAAUUCAGCGAAUUGUACAGUUGACAGCACAGUCUAUUUUUAGAACAUUUUAGCACCUUAAUAAGAUCCCUCAUACCCGUUUGCAGUAAUCCCAUUCCCACCCUGAUCCCAGGUAACCACUAAUCAGCCUACUCUCUGUCUCUGCAGAGUUGCCUUUUCUGAACAUUUUAUAUGCAUGUAAUCAUAUGUGGUCUUUUUUAGUUGUUCAUUAAUUUGUGUCUAAGUUCAUCCAUGUUAUUUUCUAAAUUCAUGUGUGUUGCAGCAUAUCAGUAUUUUAAUCCUUUUUAUUGUCAAAUAAUAGCUGAUUGGAUGGAUGUGCCAUAUUUUGUACAUUCACCAGUUGAAGGACAUGUGGGUUGUUUCCCAUUUGGGGCUGUGAAAAAUAAUGCUGCUCUGAACAUUAGCAUGCAAGUCUUUGUGUGGACAUAAUGUUUUCACUUUUCUUAGAUGCCUGAGUAGCUGGGUUAUAUGUUAAAUUUUUGUUUUAACUGUUUUAAGAAGUUGCCAAGUUGUUUUCCAAAGUGACUGCGUUAUUUUAUAUUCUGAACUUCAGUGUGUGAGGGUUCCUAAUGAGGUUAUAUCCUCAAGUUCAUCUUUUAAAAAAUUUUUAUUAUAGCUAAUAUGGUGAUUUAAGUGGUAUCUCUUUGGGGCUAAUGGUAUUGAUCUUUUCAUAUGUUCUUGAGCUGUUCAUGCACCUUCUUUGGUGAAAUAUGUUGCCCACUUAAAAAAUUAUUAUUAAUUUACAGAUCUUUUUAUUCUGCAGUAAGUCAUUUAUCUAGUAUGAGCUUUCUAAAUACCAUGUACUAGCCACAGAGGGCAACCUCAGAUCCUCCCAUACAGCUUUCAUCAGAAGCUUGGUUUCAGUAAUUGCUUAUAUAAAAUUGCCUAAGGAUAUUUAAUCUGGCCUAUUAUCUAAACACUUAAAUUCAUUUUGGUGUUAUAUCAGUCAAAAGGUUUUAAACAUCUUUUGAUUCCUUAUAGAAUUUUUUUUAUUAACCUGUGUUAUGCUCUUUAUCUGUUACCCAAUGAAGAACUUGCAUUUUAAAAUGUUUCCUCUUUCUGAGUUUCUAUUGAAGAAAUUUCUUUGUAGUCUCAGGACAAGACAAGGCUUCUCUUGUCAAUAAAUUCACUUUUAUUUACUUAUUUUAGAAUUUUUUUGUAAUGUGGUAAAAUGUAUUUAACAUAUAUAUUCACCGUUUUAACUCUUCUGAGAUGUAUAAUUUAGUGGCAUUAAGUACGUUCAUGUGUGUUUCUCACACAUCCCCACCAUACAUCUCUAGAACUUUUCCAUCGUCCCUAACUGAAAUUCACUCGUUAACCAAUAACUGCUCAUUCUCCCCUCCCCGAAGCCCUUGGUUACUACCAUUCUACUUUCUGUCUAUGAAUUUGACUGUUCUAAGCACUUCGUAUAAAAGAAACCAUUCAAUACUUGUCCUUUUGUGUUGAGUUGUUUCACCUAGCAUCUUUUUAAGGUUCAUGUUAUAGCAUGUGUCAGAAUUUCAUUUUCUUUUCAUUAUUUUAAUGCUAAAUAGUAUUCUUUUGUAAAUAUAUCACAUUAUUUGCUUAUGCAUUCAUCUUUCAGUGGUCAUUUAGGUUAUUGCUAUCUUUUGGCUGUUAAUUAAUAGCACUGCUAUGAACAGUGGUUUGCAAAUAUUGUUUGAGUCCCUGCAUUUAAUUCUUUGAGAUACAUACCUGGAAGUGGAAUUGCUGGAUGGUUCAUCCAUGUCUUAGUGUAUGACAGGAUUUCCUUCUUUUUUUAAGGAUGAGUAAUUUUCCAUUGUACGUAUAUGCCACAUUUUAUUUAUCCAU